AACGUGUUAGACCGCACCAUAUUACCACAAUUAGCAUCAAUUUAGUCUCCGUGAUUCAUCAUGAAACGAAAUUGGGACGUCGUGAAGGUCCAUUCUCUUCUGCGUUCCGAAUUAAUUUCAUUGGCGAGAAUAUCGAGAAGGUUCUUUUAACGUACAGGGUUUCGUAUAACUGUUUUCAUUCAAGGUUGGCAGCCAUGUUGCACUGUACCCGGAAACUUCACUGGAGUUAACUUGACACUUUCCCGGUGGACAGAAUAAUGCUGACAGACACGAUUGGCUUGAACAGCUGAUGAAACGACGCGACACUAGUGACAUCUAGGUGAACGACUCGCUGGAAACAAAUAAUUCACAAACACACCGCACGGUUUUCGAACGAACAACACAUAUUACUUAUCAGUAUAAUUUAAAGAUAUACGAAAAGAGGAUAAUGUCCAACAAAAUAAUCAGCGUGAACUUUGAGGUUUACGGACGAGUCCAAGGAGUUUUCUUUAGAAAGUAUACGAAAAAGCGAUGUGAAGAGUUGGGCCUGAAGGGAUGGUGCAUGAACACUGAAAUUGGAACCGUCGUCGGCCACAUUGAAGGAGAAAAAUCGAAAAUCGAAGAAAUGAAACAUUGGCUCCAAUAUAAAGGUAGUCCACAAUCAUUGAUUGAUAAAGUCGUAUUUCGCGACGAGCAAGAACUGUCGCAGCCAACAUUUUCGGAUUUCAAAAUCCGCCGAUAAAUAAGUUAAAUUGUACAAUUAGUAUUUAUUUUUGUAUCUUUAUCACAAUAAAGACAGUUUACAGUCAUCCUCAAAUUAA